GAUAUGCGAUGAAGUCUCGCGAUGCUACACGCGUCUCAUUCGAGCUGAACUGGAGGGAUUUCUGCAUGCUAUGUUGUGAGCGCAGCUAACACGCUAGCAGAGCAAAGAUAACUUAUCUACGAGUAACUUGCUCAGCCCCACAAACAAGUCGGCUUUGAGCGACUCUGAAACAUGGAUUUAGAAGACGACACCACUGUGUUAACAACCUUGAAGUCCUUCAACUCCUUCAUCAGCCACAAUGAGCCUCCACAGCGGCUGUCAGAGCACUCUGUGGGAAGUGGAAACCUGCAGAGCCAGUACAAACGCAGCAUGGAGUUGUUGGAGGCAGCAGAGAGGCUUCACUCCAAGAAUCGCUACCUCCAGUUGGACCAGGAGAAGAAGCAGAUGGAGCUGAGUCACAAGCGAGCUCGAUUUGAACUGGAGAAGGCUGCUUCUGACAGCGCACGAGACCUGGAGCACGAGUUUGGCCGGAACCAGGACCUCAUCGGGCAAAUAAAAAAGUUGGAGGAGAGGGAGAGUGGGGCCGCCAAGAAUCUAACAGAGCAGAUGGAGGCGAAUCGUGCUCUCCGUAAGAACCUGGAAAGCCUGAACAAGAAACUGGAUGAGCGAGAUACGAGACUGAACACUGCUAACCAGCACAUCAGUUCUUUGAGGGAUGAGAUCAGAGAGCUGAAGCAGAAGAUUCAAAACCAAGACUCGACAAUUUCUUCUCAAACUCUGGAGAACCAGGAACUGCAAGAGCAGUUAGAUUUACAACGCAGGAAGUAUCAGGAAGUGUCUCAGCUUUGCCAAAGUCUCCAAGCUGCUCAGUCCUCCUGCUCAGAGCACAUCGUCAAGAUUAAGGAGUUGGAACGACGUCUCGCCCUCCAAGAGCAAGACAUCGCCAUCGUGAAGACAGUUAAGGCUGAGGUUGCGAAGGUUCCAGACCUGGAAAAGGAGUUGAAGCGCCUCAGAGAGGAUAAUGCCUUUCUCAGGGAGAGCAGAGAGAAUUGCAGCCUUUUGAAGGAGGAGGUGGAGGGGCUGAGGAGGAAGCUGGAGAGGAUGGCGAAGACAAAAGAAGAGCUUGUCAAUAUGGAGCUGGAGAAGGAGAGGUAUGCGGAGAAGCUCAAAGCCUGGGAGAACCUUGAACAGUCUACAGGACUCAACAUCAGGAAACCAGAGGAUCUGUCCAGGGAGGUGAUUCAGAUCCAGCAGAGAGAAUUUGCUCUGAAAGAGCAGAACUACACACUCAACAGCCGUGUGAGGAGUGUGGAGCGCUCUCAGUCUGAGCUCCGUGCAGAGCUGACCCAGCAGCGCGGCAAGACUCUGGAGGAGCAGAAGAAGAGGGAGACGCAGGACGCCCUUGUCCGUCGACUACAGAAGAGAGUACUGUUGUUAACAAAGGAGCGUGAUGGAAUGCGUGCCAUACUUGAGUCCUAUGACAGUGAGCUGGCGUCUACUGAGUACUCCCCUCAACUCAGCAAACGUCUGAGAGAGGCAGAGGACAUCCUGCAGAAGACUCAGAACCACAAUGCAGAGAUGGAGACCCAGCUGAGCAAAGCACAGGAAGAGACGGGGGCUCUCAAACUGCAGCUGCAAACAGUGGAGCUGGAACUGGAGUCUCUAAAGAAGCAGCAGGCCUCUGCGGCUGACAGCAGCUCUAUAGUGACCAAGGAAGAGGUCAACAUACUCAGACAGAAAAUUGAAGAUUUAGAGGCGGAGCGACAGCGUCUGGAGGAGCAGAACAACAUUCUGGAGAUGAGACUGGAGAGACACAACCUACAGGGAGACUAUGAUCCAGUGAAAACCAGAGUUCUCCACCUAAAAAUGAACCCUACUACUGUUGCCAAGCAACAGCGACAGCAGGAAGUAGAGGCUCUUCGGGAGGAAGUGACACAUCUCAGGGAACUCUUGCGCUCAGUGCAGGAUGGAGCCGCUCUCGCCCAUUCACAAGACGACUCCAGUAUGCACACCUCUGGCCUUGGCCUCAGUUUGCCGCCAUCAAAGGAGGUGCUGGAUUUGCGUAAGCAGAUGGAGAGUUCGGAGCUCAGGAACCAGAGGCUGAAGGAGGUGUUUCAGAGAAAAAUUCAGGAGUUCCGCACAGUCUGCUACGUCCUGACUGGCUACCAGAUAGAUAUCACCACUGAGAACCAAUACAGGCUCACCUCAGUAUAUGCAGAGCACAUGGAUGACUCCUUGCUCUUCAAAAAGGGCACGAAUGGAAGCAUGCAGCUCAUGGAGACCGAGUUCUCCAAGACUCUUGGAGAGAUGGUGGCCCUUCAUCUGCAUCACCAGAAGAGCAUCCCGGCGUUCCUCUCCGCUGUGACCCUCGACCUCUUCAGUCGACAGACCACCGUCUGAAGUAAUUUGACACCAUUUUUGGACACAAGGAUGAAGAAUUUAUCUUGGUUUUGGUUUUAAUUUCCGGUGGUUUUGGCUUUCUCCCUCGCCUUCUUUCUGUCUCAUCCGAUAUUCACAAAGUGUUCAAAAUGUGACGGUAUUCUCUCAAAAGCUCUGACAUAUGAAUCGGGCCGUCAGCGCUGUGUUGUGGAGGAUGAACACCUUGUUUGAUGGAAUACCUCCAACUGGCAUUCAGACAGCUAUGAAAGCUUCUUGGUAUCCCCAUUUGUACACUGAAUAUUUCAUCAAUGACACUUUGAAAGAUACAUUUUUUUCUUAACACAACAAAGUUGUCAUCAUAACAACACAGUAAGACACUCGUAGUUGGAGCUUUUUUGUCUUUUGUUUGUUUGUUUUUUUUAUAGUGGGAUUUUGAAAGAGACUUCCCACCGAGUUUAAUACACACUGCGUGAAGCAAAAUAAGCGUUUGUGUGGGUCUCUGGAUCUGCGGCAGACGUGCUUUGCAUGGUCUUUACCAAGACUCCUUUUGUAUGCCGUUUUUUUGUCUCUUCUCUUGGGCCCUUAUAAAAGGUUUCACCCAAAUGUUUUGUGGUAACAAAUAAUCCAAACCAGUGCAAAGAUGGUGUGAAAGAAUUCAUUUGAAUACAAGUUUUUUUUUUCUCCCCUUUACUGAGAUGAAUUUGAGGUUGGUUUUCAUCAGUACAUCCACAUGGUUUUAUUAUUCCAAUUAAUGAUUAGGUGCUUCAGUUGAAUAUCAAAUGAGCACUUGUUUCUCUCCAGACAUUUCUAUUAGGAGGGAAGAUACAGAGAUGGGAGCCGACCUUGCCUGCCUGCCUCUCAACACCUUCAGAAUUGGCUCUAUGGUGUGACUGUAGAGAAAAAUAAAUCUAUAGUUGAUCUGUAAUAACCUCGCUAAAUUUAAAACACACAAUUCAUAAGAACAGCAUGCAUUACGAUGUACUCAGGUGGAGAGAGUUCAAGAGCAUGUGUGUGUCACCUGGAUCUGUUGUAUACCCUGUUGACCUCAAUAAGCUUGUCUCUUGGUUUUUCUUCAUCAGUGCAUAAAAGAGAAAACUGAACAAAUAACCAUGACACCAAAAUGUGUGGAGUCAUUUUGGCGUUCUAGUUCGUCUUUGUAGGUACAGAUGUUUCUAGCAUUGGCAGUAAGUUUAAAGGAUAAGAUUACCUGGCUUACAUUUUAAUCAGCUUGAACAAAUGUGUUAGUUCUCAUUAGCCUGAGCCAUUUCUUUAAUAACAGGUUCAGCUUUGUCACAGGAAACUUGCUUUUAUGACACAUUAGACGCAUUUCCUCUACUCACCUGCCACAUUCAUAUUGAUAAUGAUGUGUCGUAGAGAUGUAGAGAUUAGACUGAGAGAACACACACACACACACACAGAUCACAGGGAUGCUUUAAUGUUUUUCAUGAAGUCUUUGGAUAUGAAUUUGAUCAACCAUGAAUUUUUCCUAUUAUUAAUUUAGUUAACGAUUGCACCUGUGUGUGUGUGUGUGUGUGUGUGUGUGUGUGUGUGUGUGUGUGUGUGUGAGCGAGUAAUGUCUUGGUAGCUAUAAAGAGAAAUGGCAGAAACAAACAUGGGGUGAAGAGGAAGCAAGGGAGCAAUCCAAUAAAAAGUGAGAAACAAAAGGAAGUGAACUGAGAAUAAAGGCACUUAUCACAGCAACAAUAUAAGAUCUCCAGCUGGUGCAGCCAUAUGUCUCAUGAGGAAAAACACAUUCUCCUGUACAGCACAUGCCACAUACUGUCCUUGUUUUUCUCUUCAUUUUUUUUCCACGCCCUUGCUCAUUUUCACGACACAGCACAUCUUCUGCACACCCCACAGCUUUCAGCUAGAGGUGAUAUUUUAGAGGGUUUCAUAUUAGAUGUGCAAUACGUACAGCGCUCGAGUGCACAACACUGUCCUGCAGCCGCGUGUGAUGUAUUGUGCCUUUUAUCAUGAAUGCAUCUGAUAAAAUUACUGUAUUUUCUUGCCGUUUGACUUGCUGAAAUGUAAUCAAUAAAAGCAUAUGUGGGACUGAC